CAACAAGAAUUACUUUUUCUUGGUCAUCGUGAUACAUAUGGAUUAAUUGAUGAUAGAUCAACUUCUUCAUCAUAUUUUGUACAUAGAGUUGGUACAUGGGAUGGUGAUUAUAAUGAACCAAAACAAGUUAUUAUUAAUAUGGAAUGGGGAGCAUUUGGUGAUAAUGGUUGUUUACAUCAUAUACGUACAAAAUAUGAUGAAGAAGUUGAUCUAUCAUCAAUUAAUCCUGGCAACCAAACUUUUGAAAAAAUGAUUUCAGGAAUGUAUAUGGGUGAAAUAGUACGACUUAUAAUACUUGAUUUACUUCAACAAGAAUUACUUUUUCUUGGUCAUCGUGAUACAUAUGGAGAUUAUAAAACUCCACUUUAUAAUCGAGGUGGUUUUUAUACAAAAUUUGUUUCUAUUGUUGAAACUGAUGAAGGUAUUAAAUUUUCAAAUACACGUCGAGUACUUGAAGAUAUUGGUAUUCGAAAUCCAACAUUUGAUGAUUGUGUUAUUGUUCAACAUAUUUGUCGACAAGUUUCUAAAAGAGCUGCACGAUUAGCUGGUGCUGGUUUGGCAGUAUUAAUUAAUCGUAUGGAAAAACCUAAUAUUACUAUUGGCGUUGAUGGAUCACUCUAUCGAUAUCAUCCACGAUUUAAACGAAAUAUGGAACGAUGUAUGGAAAGUUUAGUUCAAAAAGAUUUAAAGAUAUCAAAACGAUUCAGCCGGGAUUCAAAAUAG